GGGGAGAGGGCGCCCCUUAAAUUUUCCUUCUCUUCGUUUCAAAAUUUCAGGACUUGCGAAGAUCCCAAAACCGGUUUUUCAAAGCUGCGAAACUUCGUUUCCCGGUGUUUUUCACCUUUCCCGCCACCGCCAUUUCCUCUACUUCCCUCCGCCUUCGCCCCUUUCCCUGUGCAUCUUCUCAUUCUCUUCUGCUUACUUGCUAGAGCCACAGAGAGAGGGAGAGCGAGAGAGAGAGAGAGAGAGAUGGACGAGAGGGAGGCUCAUCACUCCAAGGGAGACUACAGAUCGCCGUCGAAGCGGUUCCACGGCCUUCAUCCUCUCAAGCGGUUCAAGCUUCUGCAGCAAGAAGAGGAAGAAGGAGAACAUGGCAGGAAGCGGGACGCUAAUCCCAGCAUCACCACCACUACAACCUUCUGCCUUCCAGCCAAAAAGAGAAUCUGGGCUCUUUAUCAACCCCCCCAAUUCGAAUCUCCCUCCCCUUCUCCCCCGAAACGCCAGCGCCGCCCUUCUCAAUCACCCAUAUCCAAGAACGCUCUCUUUCAGAGGCGCCCCACUUUCGAUUCCGCCCCACAAAGAGAAGUAAAGAAGGAAAAAGGAGUAGUUCGUGAAGAUGGCAGCGCCGACAGCAACGAGGAGCUGGAGGAGGAAGACGACGGCAUAGUUUGCGACGUCUGCAAGAGUACCGACGGCGAUCCCUCUGAUCCCAUCGUCCUCUGCGAUGGCUGCGACGUCAUGGUUCACGCCUCCUGCUACGGCGAUCCCCUCGUCCGUGCUAUCCCCGAAGGCGACUGGUUCUGCGCCAAAUGCCAAUCGCGCAACAGUUGCUCCAAGGAGCCGCCAUCUUGCUGCCUCUGCCCGGCCGAUCACGGCGCUCUCAAGCCCACCACCGACGGCAGGUGGGCUCACAUUCUGUGCGCGCUUCUUGUUCCCGAAGUGUUCUUUAGGGACUCUGCGGGUAGGGAAGGCAUCGACUGCUCCAACGUCCCGCGAAGGAGAUGGGAAGGUCAUUGCUAUGUCUGCGACACUAACAAGGGCUCGGUCAUCGAGUGCUCGGAGCCAAGAUGCUCAUCUGCCUUCCAUGCUUCCUGUGGUUUGGAGAAUGAUCUGCACCUCGAGUACAAAGAAGAAAGAGCUGGUGGUCUCAUCGUCGGCUUCUGCAAACUUCACACUCACCUCUGGAAGAAGCAACAACUGACUGGCAAGUUCAAGAUAGUGCCCAGAGUCCAAGCAAAAGCCAAAGGCAGGCAACGGUAGGCGCGACGGGGUCUCUUUGCACAUUCAUGUUGCAAACGGCUUUGCCACGCUUUUAAGCAUUUAUUUGCUUUUCAAGGCAGAAAGUGACACUUUCAUGUUCCCAGAUGAUUGAACUCACUGUAACGAUGCAUAUAACUUCCAAGAGUCGGGUUCUCGUCUUUUGUUUUCAAAAUUGGCAUAGGCGGCCAUGUUUUAUCUAUCGAAAGAUCAUAACAUUUAUUUGCUUA